AUAAGGCUUUCUUCAAUCAGCUUUAACAGAAGGUCUUUCAUCCAAGUGUUUCUCAGAUUGUUUUCAUGGAAUCCACAUCCUUCCAAUUAUCCACUAAAUUCAUUCUUCCAGAGGACAAGAGGCCACAGCUCUCAAAAGCAUCCACUCUACACACAAUCCCCAUAAUUGACAUGAAUCAAGAACCAUCCCUGCUUGUUCAAAACCUCUCACAAGCUUGCGAGGAAUAUGGGUUCUUUCAGAUCAUCAACCAUGGAGUACCCAAUGAAUUAUGCCAAAAGAUGAUGACUACACUGUCUGAAUUCUUUGCGUUGUCUAGCCAAGAAAAGGCACAAUUCUUCACUACAGAUCUUACUAAGCAAGUAAAGCUUUUCAAUUACUACCUAAAGCUGGAUACCCAAGAGAAGGUCACGAUGUGGAGUGAGUCCUUCGCUCACCCUUGGCAUCCUUUAGAAGAUAUCAUCCAUCUUUUGCCUGAAAACCCACUUCAGUACCGAGAGGUUUUUGCUGCAUACGCAAAGGAGAUGCGAGUGUUAAUGAGGAAGCUUUUGAGAUUCGUAUCGCAAGGGCUUGGUCUAGAGAUGGAUUGCCUGGAAAAGAUACUGGGACUGGAGCCUGCGCUUAAUUAUCAGGCGAAUCACUAUCCACCCUGUCCAGAUCCUGAACUCACCCUGGGUCUGCCUGCUCAUACUGACAUUGUUGCACUCACUAUACUCCUGCAAUCUGAAGGAGUGACCGGCCUCCAAGUCAUCAAAGAUGGAAACUGGGUUUCAGUCGAUCCAGUCCCAAACGCAUUUGUCAUCAAUUUGGGUGAUCAGAUUCAGGUCCUGAGUAAUGGAAGGUAUAAGAGUGUACACCACAGAGCCAUGACAAACAAUAGACAAUCUCGAAUAUCGGUGGCCAUGUUUUACAGACCGAACAGCGAUGUUGUAAUUGGUCCAAUCGAAGACAUGAUCGACGAUGAACACCCACCAUUAUAUCGCAACUAUUACAUAUGGGAGUUCAUGGAAGAGUUUCGAAGGCAAGAAGGGACAAGGCGGAGGGUCAAAGAAACCUUUGAGUUAAGGCACUAACUAAUAACUAUGGAAUUUUUUUUAAAGAUUCCAUCGUCAAAAUAAGAAUGGAUUGAUGAAUUGGUUCAACAUUCCAUGUAAUUAAGUAUUCUUAAGCUAUAAUCGUUAUAUUUUGAAACUUUUAGCCUAAAUAUGUAAUUGAUUUUUGUUAUAAAUGAGAACAAAAACAUAUAAGUUUGUCAUUUGGAUA